CCCUGCGAGAGGGCUGGAUUUAAUUUGUUUACUGCAUUUAUUUGGUGACCAGCAACGUGAUUGGCCAAUGAAGCACCUCCUGGAGGAUCCCCUGGUCCUGGCCGACCUGCAGGCGCUGCCGGAAAAGUCCGGCAUUGUGGAGGAACGACGGCAGGCUGCCAAGAAUCCGGCCGAGAACUGCGCGCCCCCCGAUGAAGUGACCGAUUCUGGGGAGGAUGUGCAGCGAGAGCAGGACACUCUCUGCCGCUUGGCCUGCAGCCUGCACAAGCUGUCCAAGGAGGAUCACAUAGUCAUCGAUCGAAAGCGCAAUCAGGUGAUUCGCACGGAUGCCAGGACCCAGCAGAUGACCAUUUAUCGCUGCCCGGAUCCCGGUGGCAUGGGCAUUCGUCCGCCGGUGGCGAGAAAUGCCCAAAAUCCGCCGCCCAAAGUGGGCAGACCCCUGAAAAGGGUCAGCGCCAUGGUGUCCGCUGCUCCGGCGGCCAAGAAGCAGCCGCCGGCGGAGGAAGAGCCCGCUCCCGACACGCACCGCACGCGCUCCGGUCGCCAGGUGCGCAGCUCCAUGCCGCGGCCCGCUCCCGUAGUCAAUGCACCCGCCGCGGAGCCCACUUCCGCUCAGAUGCUGGAGAUGCUGGUGGCCGAUUUGCGGGACAAGGACUACCGGGCACCCAAGCCGGAGCCGGAGACCAAGAGUGAACCCUGCACAACGAACCCUGCACCUCGGGCCGUGCCCAAGAAUGCCGUUUGCCCCGGCUGUGGAAAGAUCUUCCUGGGCCGCCGACUGCAGCGUCACUUUGUCAAGUUCCCGGAGCACAUGCCACGUCCUGGUGCUACAGCACCGCCGCCUCCUUCCGCCACGCCCUCGCUAUUUGGCCUCCUGACGGCCCAACUGCAGCGGCACUCGCAUCUCAGCGAGGAGCAGCGCUCCGAUCUCUUCCUCAACGAACUCAACGACUUUGUGGAGCAGCUGCAGCUGCGCAGCCAGCGGCUCAUCCGGAAUACCUCGGGAUUGCAUUUCGUAAAUGCCCGGAUUGCACGCGUUCUGGGCAUUCCCGAGGGUCAGUACGCGCUGGACAUGUCUGCGAUGGAAUCGCCGCAGGCUCCCAUGCCCGAGAUGGAUGGCGCCGGCGGAGGAGCCCGCAAUCUGGUGGUCUACGCCGAGCUGAGCAUGUCGCUGGACGAUCCGCUCACGGACGAGGCUGCCCAGCGUCUCAAUCUGUCCGCGGGCGGGCAACUGCAUCCGCCGUCGGAGGAGAGCCUGCUAAGGAAUGUCAGCGAUCUCAUGCAGCCGCCGGUGGCAGCUGCUCCAACGACCGUAAAUCAUGGCUACGAUCAUGCCAGCGACAAUGCCGUGGAGGCCCUGACCAUGAAGGAGACGCCCAAUGCGGAGGCCAUUCUCGAUCUCAACGUGGACUUCUUCCAGUUCAAUCCUAAUUAGAUGCGACACGUAGUUUCUGAAUUAAGAACUUUUAAACCACUUUUUUUUAAAUCUGUAUUAUUAGUUCCUGGAAAAAUAAUCAUUAUGAAAUUUAAGAUUUUUUUCUAAAUUAGAAAAACUUGAAAAUGAAUCAUUAUAUUUGAAAUCUGCAUUCUAUUUGUUUUCCUGAAUUAACUGAAUUAAAGAAAAUGCAAAUGUAAAUAUAUACGUAAGAAAGGAAUUAUUUUAUUUUUAAGUUUUUUAAAGAUUAAUAUUCAAAAGAAAAUGAUUGUGAAAUGGUAAUUCAUUUGUUUUGAAUGCAUGAAUCAAGUUGAAGAUGUUUUAUGUAAAUACAUAAACAAUAUAGUUUUAUAUUUUGUAUUUUAUGAUACCUAAUUCACUAUCGUUCUAUAAUAAGGUGCCUCGCCAUAGAAUUAUUUUGUAUAUAUAUGUACUAUGAAGGAAAAUCAAAAUAUCCACCAUUAGUAUGUUAGUGUUAAUGGCUGAGAGGGGCAAGAAUGCCCCUGCCUGAUUGAUAUUAUUUAUGAAGUACUUAACUGGCUCACGAAAGAUGCCCAUUAAAUGAAUUUUGCCACAC